GUGAACACGUUACUUUAUUGCAAGAAUGCGGCGUUAUUUUACCGGAAAUAACAUGUAGGUUGUAAGAAAUUUUGGAAUAAAAAAAAAAAAAAAAAAACUCGAAUCAACCCUCAACGAGAAAACUUGAAAUAUCCAGCUUUUCGAAGCUGAAAUCGAAUUAAUGUGAAGUGAAACACGCUCGAAUAUCGAGUUUUAAGUUCAAUUAUUUUCACCGUCAUACCAUUACAUGGGUGAAACGUGCAGAUAUAUCACAUUAUAUCGGUUGAAAAUAAACGAUUUGUGUGAUAACAUUUUUUUUUUUUCUCUUCAACUGAAACAUAUAUGUAAAAUGUGAAAUUAUAAGGAACAUUGUGAAAAUUUUAAAUCGCAUACUUCCCUGUCGAUUUACCACCCUUUAAAGAGCUUCGACCGCUCCUAGUACCCGAGUUAAAGGGAAUAUAUCCAAAGCUACCGCUGCCGCUGUAUACGUUUCCGCGUUGUAUGCCCACAUCGUACUCGGUUCGGUAGAAAUUUAUCUACCUGUAAUCAUUAAAAAAAUAUUCGAUCAGCAUCUCAGUUGGGCAUUGUUUUAAAGCGACAACCGAUUGAAUGAAUUCCAGCACAUUCUACUACACCUAAGCCGGCGAAUUGCACUUCCGGUUUUCCAUAUAUCGUUGACAAAAGGAAUUCACCGGUACAAAAUCACGUCAUUCCUAAAACGUGAUUUCAAACGAUCGUCACGUUUCGUUCGAAUUGAACCAAAGAAAUAACUGCAAUAACGGCAAGAUGUAGAGUUUGAGGAUAUAGUUUUCGAAAUUUUUUUUUUUUUUUUUUCUUCCGAUUCUCUUACUCGAAUCGCUCGUUACGAAGAUCGACAAAACAUUUGUGCAUCGUUAUUCGCCGGUGUUAAUGAAUUAUCUCAUUACUCAAGACAGUGAAAACGAAUAUUAUCAUCGAAGCUGCGAAUUCACGUCGUCCAUGAGGAAUUCACCUGGAAGUUCAAUUAAACAACCUGACCUAUGGUGUGUGAUUCGGAUGUGAAAGAGUGAAGUUUCUUACCACUUUACCUUUGUUUAAUUUCGUGCACAUUCGUCAAAGUACUCGCAUUACUAUUGCCGCGGAAUACAUUUCAAGCUUCGAAAUAACGUUGCCCCUCAUAAGUGAAAUAACUCAUCAGGAUAUUCGAAGGGAUAACGUCUUCGUUUUUCUCUGGAAUGAAAAGGAUCUAUCUGAAGGGUCUGUGCGCGUAGUCGCCACCCUGGAGUUUUGUUUCAUCGCAGCCUCGGGAGGGGGUGGUCCGAUGUUGGCCCCUCCCGUGGCCCAGGGCGCAGGAGGGCGGCCCGUUGUCGGCGGUGCAGGUGCAGGUGCAGGGAGCCUGGGAACCCGUGGACAACAAUCCGUCGGUCCGGCGACCGCCCUUUGGCCUUUGACCCCGACUCAGCCAUCGGCUUCACCCGGUGGACAGUCGCAGGGCACACCCCCGUUAUCAACCACCCCCGCACCGGCCCACGGUCAAGGCGUCAGUCGUUAUGGAUUAUAUUCGUUAUUUCCUGGGAGUAAUCCCGGAAGUUACGUGGCAACGACUCCGACUACACCGGGUCCAUCGCCCACCAGAGCAUACCACGCCACGACUCACAAGGUUUCAGAGAGCGUAUUUUCCGCAGCGGUCGGCGUCGGUGUCGGCGUCGGUGGUUACACCUGGGGCGCUCCCACGCCACCUCCGGGAUCUCCUUACAGUCCCGUACCAGCGGUGACACAGCUAGAACUUUUGGCAAAGAACCUUGCCAACCUGGCGCCUCCCGCGCAACAAGCUCUCAGUCUUCAGGGGGUCGGGGUUAACGUUGGAAGUUUACAUCACACUCAACACACUCAACACACCCAGCACACUCAGCACACCCUCAAUCUGGCCGGACUCCAUCAUCUCCAUCACGGAGGUAUUCAUCAGAGCACCUUCUCGCCGCAGCUGUCUCUGGUGGCCGGCAACGCGCCCACGUUGACUAUAAAUAGUUUUUCGUCGCCAAAUUCGAACGGCAACGUCGUACCGACUAGCGGAGUCCUUCUUCAGGAGUAUCAGUCGCCGAUUUCGUCAAACACCAGCUGUCAAACGUCACUGAGUUCGUCCUCCGCCACCGUUAACGGCUCGACGACGAGCACGAGUGCCAUGGUGAUCCAGGGAACCACCUACCAAGGCAUCACCACCAAACGAAGGGAGGCCUUUUUACCCAGUCAAGGACAGCCGAUCAAGCUCGAAAAUAAAAGCAGACAACCGCCGUGCGUCUGCAGGAAUACCAAUGGAAAGACGAAAAUCGUUCAUUCCGACGCCGGUUGUAGCAGAACUUUGCCGGUCGUAUCGUCGUGGAACGGUCAAGAUAAUAUUGCGUCGAAUUGCAACGGUGUCAGUGCGAUGAACUCGAGCUCAACUAUCGUAAAGAGAGAACCUUUGACCUCCGUACCCUGCCAGGUCGCCGAGGUAUCAACUUCCCUUCACGCCACAACAACCGCGGUGAAAAUAGAACCAGUUCCACCCAAGUCGGAAAACGGUAUCGUGGUGUCGACGAAUUCCGGGGGUGGUAUUCCUGUGGGUAUAGCGGUGGCGCGUCAGAGGUUGCAACACCAGGAAACUAGUUCUUCGUCGUCUACUAGAAACGUGUCCUUGAGUCAUCACACGUCACACCACGCCAGCUAUCAUCACUUUCAACCAGACACUAUGGGAGGUACAGCGGCCAUGACAGUAGGCGGGACAACACUGGUGCACUGUGGGGGAGCAGGGGAAGAUCGACCGUCCCACCUGACCAUACCCUCGGCGACACUUCCGUCGGGGUUAAACGCCGCCCUGAAUUCAACCCUGAAUUCAACCCUCGGAAGCCUCGGGGCUGCGGCAACUACGGCCACUACUUGGCCCCACACUUUUUGGCAGUAUCCAACCGCAGCGAUGCCGAUGGAUCCUGUGGGCUUUCCCCAAAUGGGAAUUGGAGGUCUUCAAAGCGGUCUUCAGCUAGUCAGAGACCCUACGACCGGUCAUCUACUUCUUAUACACGCCGCAGCAGAACAAGUACAACAGGCCGUUGUGUGGCCUAACUAUCCCGGUAACACCGGAGGUAGCGUUGGUCCACCGCCACUUUUAUUGCCUCCUCCGCCACCCCCGUCACUUCAACUCCUGAGCGAUAUUAGCGGGGCGCGUCUCGUUCUCACGGACAACAAGAGGAAGCAACAAAAUAAUUUACCCAUCGUUAAAAUCGAGGCCGAUUGCAGCAACAGCCCCACCACUAUAAUAACCUCAGCGGAAUCGACGAAGGCACUGCAAACUGUUACUUCCAUGUCGGGGGCCUUGAUUCCGGACACACCACUUGUUACCACGCUUCAUUAUUAUCCGCAUGCACCGGCUCUGGUCCAGAUCAGUCAGGCGGAACCUGCUCAUUGCAGGUCGCAGGCGACUUCCCCGGUAUCUUGCCUGACACCACCCCCGGAAUCUACUACGAUCCACGCUAUCGAGGCGCCCGAAGUGACGCCGAUCGGGGUCCAGGACGCGUCGAACCAAACGGACGGUCCCGAGGUGGAGGAAGACGCGCAAACGAUAGAAACGAUAUCCGUUAAACAGGAGCACAUGAGCCCGUGCAGUCAAAUGCACAGCGGCGCUACCGGCGACAGUAAAAAUCUGACGAAUUUCGAGACAGUUUCGUCACCCGAAAAGUUCACCGGUUUGGUCAGGAUAACGAACGUUGUCGGAAAGGUGGAAAAAUCGGAUAACGCGAACGUCACCCCGUCGGAGGAUAACGGCAGGUAUCCGCGAUCUAACAGUCCCACGAAAGAGCCCAGAAGUAUAACGUCCGUCGAUAGGACUAUCGAGCACGUGGUGAACUGUCACGCGCAACAGGAAGAGAGGAUGGAAGUUCGUUCCGGUCCUAAAAUUAUCGAAAUAACGGAAGAGAACUGCGAUAGCUUUCACGAGAAUUUAGAGUUUUUCUCGAGGCGGAGGGACACGGAUCAUACGGCGAACAAGUCCAACGUUGACACGCCACGGCAUCCGAUGGUCGAUAUGGAGAAGAAGGAGAAAAUUCGCGGGGUCUCGAUCAACGAGGUGCAAACCAAGCUGGAAGUAGUCGAGCCGGAGGUCUGUCGGGGCGAAGAAACCAGGAUAGAGAAGACGACAGCGGGGGAGGCGGUCGUCAAUGUUUCGAACAAGGUCUUCGACUCGUCAUCAUCUCAGCGCCCCGUGAUCGUCAAGACUUUCGCGGAGAAGAACUUCGACCCAAGCAAUACUCAGAACUGUCUUCCUUCUUCUAAUCACGCGACGAACUUGCAAACGAACGGCGAGGUACCGACCAAGUCGUUCGACAUGCCGUCGAUCGAUUACGAGGAACAAACGAGCUGCGAACGGGUGGUGGUCAAGCUGGAAAGAGACGAGAAAUUAUCGGAUUGCAUUUAUACCCAGAAAUCGCAGGCCAACGUACAGACGGGGGAGAAAUCUUACAAGUGUCCGGACAAGGGGAGAUAUUCGGUGGAAAAGUUACAUCCCGGAAUAGAGAAUGUGGUUGAAAAAUUGAAGAAGAACGCGGCCGCUCUUCAGGACGUGCGAAAUGGCGAGGACGAGGUGCGAAAGGUGGUCAAUAAGCAAAUUAACGCGGAACAGAAUCGCGUUUGGAAGGUGGAAAAUUGUUCGCAGAAAAUUGAACGGAUGAACGGCUGCGAUGGUGAAAAACAAGCGUUGAAGUCCGAAAACUUGACGAAGAACGGCUUCGAGAACAGGGAGGUGCCGGAAAACCUGGUCACCGCGAAAUCGCCGGUUUCUAAAAAGUUGAAUACUAAAAAAUUGGAGAACAACAGUUACAAUUCGCCGAAGAAAAAUUACGUGUUCAACAAUUACACGUUGAACAAUAACUUCGAGGAAAGAUCGUCUCCGGUGAAACCUAAGCCGAUGUCGCAGAAUCCCACCGUCCCGAAAACCGAGGGAGUUACCCCCUCGCAGAGGGUUUACGAUCCCGACAAAGAAUACGUUUCCAAAUUGACCACGUUGAAAAAUGGCGAAGCUAAAGCAGCCGCGGCGAUACUCGCCUCGAAGCAGUUGUCUUCCGCGGAAAACGUGAAUUCGAACGCCUCGAAGUCGAAACCGAUGGUCGACCUGAGCGGUCUCGAAUUGCUCUCCAACAGCAUCGAACAAUUCGAACAUUUGAAGCCCGACGCGCAAAACGGGGUAAAAAAUAAUACCGCCGAGGUGUCGAAAUCGCCGACAAAAUUGAAACCCGUGACGCCGCAGAGUGAAAGCAACAACAACAACGUCGACAGUCCAUUGGGACUUCUCUGCGCUCUGGCUGAGCAAAGAUUUAUGGAAGAAGUGGUGCAAGGCGGCGAAGAAGAACCAAAGAAACAACAAGCGGGUUUCGAUAACUCCGAGGAGAUAUCGCGGGCGGGAAGAGUUUUGUUAAAUUUGGGGAAGAUCAACCCGGAGGUACGGCAGCUACGAGGCGAGAAGCGAAAGCAUUCGAAGGACGAGAAUUUGGAAAGUCCGAAAAAAUUACGACUCGACAACGACUCCGUGACGGUCGUCGACGAGAGUCCGAAAAGUAGUUUGCAACUGUUGCAGAUCACCGAUAAUUUCACUCACGGUAACAAAAGGCAGAUGUUGGAUCAAAAGGAUAAGUGGAUCGAAUUCAAGGAGAAGACCAGACGGCAGAUCGAUUUCUCGGAGAGAAAUGGGAUCGCGUUAAAUUCCGGGAAGAAGGACGCUCGGACCGACUGUUCAGCGGAUCGGAAAGAUCUUCAAUCCAACGAAAAAAUUGGCCGAACCGAUCUACGGCUGAAUCAGCAGCAACCCGUAACCACCGCUAACGUGAAAGUGGAGAACGGCCACCGGGUUCAUCCGGAGUACAAAAAGAAGUACGAAUACUAUUUGCACGACUGCAAAGACUACUUCGCCCAAAGUAUAAUAAAUUACCGCGCAAACGAAUUCGCCACCGAUUCGGAGGGUGAACACAGCGCAACGGAGAACGCCGACGUGGUAUUCCAAUCGGGGGCUGAACUGAAAAUCAAAAGAGCUUCCUUGUUCGACAAAGGAGGUUCCGAACGUCUGAAUCCGGAGAAAGAAGAGUCCGCGGAUUCUCAUCACAAAUACCGAAGUCUGAACGCCGACGCGGAGGCGAAGAAAUUCGUCGCUCGAAAAGGUCACACCGACGGUGACACGGAUUGGCCGAACAUGGACGCUAUGGAAUUGGAUAUGAGGGUGAGGCUGGCCGACAUUCAAAGAAAGUACAAAGAGAAACAAAAAGAAUUGUCGAAACUCUCGCCGAAAAAAGACGACAAAAAGGGUCCAGGAAGACCCAGAAAAAAGAGCCACUCUUCGAGUUCGGAAUGCGGGACGAACUUUUCAUCACAUCCGAACCAAGAGGGUGUCGAUUGUCCGCAAAAAUCGCCCAUCCGUUCCUCGCCGGAAGUAGUGACGCCUCCGCUGACGUCAACGGUGGUAGGAAUGCCGCGUUGUAACGUGAAUUUAGUCAAACUUGGAGAGCCUAGAAGCCACAUAAAGCUUCUAGACAGUAUACCAAGCAUUCCGAUACCGGUUCCACCGGUUGCCUCGCCAAUCACAGUCCUCCCGACGAGCACGAUCCUGCAACAGCAGGACGACGAUGACAUGAAAAGUGUGACAAGGCUGGAAUACGAUACGUCCUCGCCGGCGCCCACCGUCACCGGACUCAGUUCCGCUUCGAAGAAACGAAAAGUCGGAAGGCCGAGGAAACUGAUGUGCGCUUCCGGCAGCGUCAGACAUCUCACGGAGACGAUCGUAGCGAAAAAACCGAAGAGCAAAGGCUCGUUGGUCGGGUAUUUAUUGGCAGCUAAAAACCGACAUCUUCAAAACAAGUUCGUGAACAAAACGGGCUACACCCCCCUGCCAUUUAAAACGGGUAUAUCCGCGUCGAAAGUGGGUCCUAAAGCGCAGCAGAAGAAUUCUAAGCAUUUGGCCAAGUCAAAAACGAAACCAGUGAAACAGACUCCGUUGCACAACAAGAGUGUGAUAAGCUCUAUAAUCGCGGAAAAGGAAAAGUUCAGCAGUAAUGCCAAAUUGGAGAAACAGGGUAGUCGGAUAAAGCCGAAAUUGAAAGCGGAAGUGAAACUGAAAACUUGGGACGACGAAGAGAGGGGCGAAUGGAAUAAUUUGCUGGAGAACGUUCCACCGGUGGAAAUCGCUGCGCCGAUGGUACCGGUGGAUCUGGAGUCCGCCGAACGAGAAACUACGGAAAUUUCCGUCGUCGAAAAAUGCGGCGAAAGGGACAAAGAGAAGCACGAAAAAUCGAAGAAGAAGAAAAGAAAAUCUUGCUCGUCCUCACCGAAAAGACGAAAAUCCGGAGAGCGGGACUCCAAGGACUCGAAACGGCGAAAAUCGAUCGAAUGCAAGGAAUGCAAGGAACACGCGAAAGUCGCGAAGACCGACAAGGCCGAUAAAAUGGAAAAACUGGAUAACGUGAUCAACAGGUGCAAGCUAACCGCGGCGCACUUGGCCAUCGAUCAACUCAGAGUCCUCACGGCAAUGGGCGGACUUUUUUACGCUGGAAGACUCAGCGCGGUUCAAGCACCGGAUGUGUACGCCAUAACUUUGGACGGGGAAAGGGGGAACAGGCCGCAUAUUCACCCCAGAGAGGAAAUACUGAGAGACGCGAUUGUCGAAGUCUGCCCGAGUUCUACGAGCGAAAUACCACCCGGAACGCGACUUUGCGCCUACUGGAGUCAGCAGUACAGAUGUCUGUACCCUGGUACUUCCGUCGAACCUUCGGAACCCGACCCGGAACUCGAUGAAAAAUUUGUCAGCGUCGAAUUCGACGACGGAGACAGCGGGAGGAUCGCUCUGGACGACAUAAGGCUACUUCAGCCCGAUUACCCGGUUGUCGAGUACGAUCCGAAUCCUCUCCUCACUCUGGGGAAACGUCGCAGACAGACCUCUUUGUCCACGGAAGAGAAGCGAUCGUCGACCGGAAGUCAACCUCCGAUCGCAAGUCCGGACGCUAAGUCAUCCGCGUCGUCGAAAACCGAGGAGGGAGACUCUAAGCUCGCUGAAGAUCAUCGCGAGAAAAAAAGGAUGAAGAAAAGGAGGAGAGAUAAACUGAAAAGACUCCAGGAGGCACAAGAGGGGAAGAAGAAACACAGAAAGCACAAGUGCUGCGAUGAACAUAGAAAACACAAACACAGAAAGCACAGAAAACAUCGGCACAGGCACAGCCAUCACAGCAGCCACAGUAGCCACAGCGAAGGGAGUCAUCACAGCGGCGGUGAAAGUUGUUCCGGUCAGAAAAGUGAGGAGGAGUCGUCGUCGAAACCCGAAGCUAAGGAGUCCGAGCCGGAAGUCCAGAUCGAAGCAGAAAAACCGUUGGAGAUUGAAGAGACGGAAGUGGAACAGGAAGUAGAGGAAGAGGAAGUGACUGUGAAGGAGAAUAAGCAAGAUAAGACUAAAAAGGGUGAUAAGAAAGCGAAAUCUCGUGAGAGACAAGAGUCGGUGGAGAGUAGAAGUAAAAUGGCCGCAUUUUUGCCGGCGAGACAGCUAUGGGGUUGGUCGGGUAAGGGAUACCGUAGACCAGGUGCUAAGGGGAGAGCGAAGAAGCAGUUUUUCAAAGCAAUAAAACGAGGUAGCGAAACCAUCGAGAUUGGCGACAGUGCGGUGUUCUUAUCAACCGGAAGACCGGACAGACCUUACAUAGGCAGAAUAAAAUCCAUGUGGGAAACGUCCAGUUCUAACAUGAUCGUAAAAGUCAAGUGGUUUUAUCACCCCGAAGAGACCGUCGGCUGUCCAACGAACCUCAAAUACCCGGGCGCGCUUUUCGAGUCUCCUCACACGGACGAGAACGACGUGCAAACGAUAUCGCACAAAUGCGAAGUUCUUCCGUUGGAUCAAUACGUUGAAAAAUUGAGUAAAGAACCGCACAGGUACUUGACGAUAUACGACAACAAUGACAUUUACUAUUUAGCCGGUUACUACGACCCCACAACAUACCUGUUGAACAUGCAACCGGGUGUUGUUUGAGAUCAGCUUAAGCUGACGAUCAAGUUGAACGGUGUAACUUGAUCACAAGUCAGCUCAAACGUUGCUAAUUGACAAAUUAAACGAUAAAAUACGAGAAAUAAAAUUACACACACACACACACACAAUAUACACAUACGCGUAUCAUGGUGCCAAAGGGUAACUAGAGAAGCUAUUCUCGGACGACUAUUGCGAAACCUCAAGAGAAUAUUCCGGAAAAAAAAAUCUAGAGGAAGACAAAAUAAAAAAAAAAAAACCGGACAAAAAUCAAAGGUCUUCUAAUUACACAAGCAAAGAAUGUGCAAAAAAUGGACUACCGUGGCCUAAUAAAUGACGAAUCGUUGAAUAAACUUCAUACGUACAGAUUGUACGGAAUAUUAACAAUCAAUUAAAAUAAGGUGCAUCUAACGAGUAAAAAUACUAAUUAAUAAGUUGUAUUUAUAACUUAUGAAGGGAAUCUCUUCGUAUUAUAUACACAUCAUUUUUAUAAAAAAAAAGAAGAAAAAAAAAAAAUUAAAAACAAAAAGAAAAUACGAGUGAAACUAAUAAUGUUCAAUUGUAAAUAUUGUCACACACUCAUUAACGAUCGCUGUAUUGCUAUACAUAACAUUUGCAAAUGCAGUUUCAUUCGAGUUGUUCGAGAAACAACCUUAUCACGUUUUCCAUUUAAUCGUAAUAAUAUCCAAUGCAAUGAGAUAUUAGGUUUAAAAUAUAAAAUUUACAAAUAAACGAGGAAAAAAAAAGCAAAUGAGUGCAGCUAAAAUCGAAAGAGACGCAAUAAUCUGCACCUAGAGGCAUUAAAUGCAAAUAAUGGUGGCUAAAAAAAAAAAAAGAGAAUAAAAAUAAGGAUAAUUAUUGUAAAUAUUGUACAUUUGAAUUUCUAUCGAUUGCUAAUAAGUUGUACACAAAUACGAUAACUAAAUAAUAACGACGUUAACAGUGAUCAUAAUCAUACCGAUGAUAAACGAUAAUAUCUGCAUAUAAUCGCUGACAAUGAUAGCAAAUAAUCUUUCGUUCGGUUUGGAUUCUUUUUUCGAGCGAAUCACACGCUUGUGAAAUCGGAUGAAGACGAAUAAACCAUACACAGAUACUUCCCAGUGAUUCGAAUCAUUAAUUUUUCGUAACGUCUCUCAGUCUCAGACAGUUCUGAACAAAUCGAAUAUUUCAUUACCCCGCACAUAAAAUUUUCAAAGGCCACGCGAUCGAUUACGAUUCGUUGGGCAAAGUCGAAUAAAACGAUUAACAACUAACACUGUAACGAUAAUACCUAAUAAUAAUAACAUUAAUAAGAAUAAUCAAAAAAUUGAAUUUCAUACGUAUCUAACAAAAUAAAAAAAGAAACAAUUGAAAAAGGCGGCCUUUUCGUGAGACAAAAAAAUAAAUAAAUAAAUAAACAAAUAAAGAUAUAAUAAAGAUCAUCAAUGAAUGCAACUCAUAGUUCUAGUUAUAGAUUGGGAUCGAUUUUGUGUGGUCGCGUAAGUAAAAUUAUAAUUAAUAAUAUAAAUAAUAAAAUUGUUACAAAAACGUAAUUUAUGAGGUAUUACGAGAGAGUUAGAUUAUCGUUGUAACUAAUAAUCAUUUAUAUUAUAAAUUAAUCACCCCUUACUCAGAUUACACAAUACGCACAUCACACACGUGCGCGCGCUUAUCAUUGUAGUUUUGCUUCUUCGAAAAGAGAAGUAGAUAAAACAAAAAGAGAAAAAAAAAAAAAAAUGAAAUGAAAAUAGCUAUGUUACUCAAUCAUAGGAGAUGCCUAACUUUAGAAAUGUAUAUAUUUAUAGAAAAAAAAAAAAUAUAAGAAUACGCCUAUUUAGUACAGAUAAUACCACCAUCCCCACAAAUUAUUGAAAAGAACUGUAUAAUUAUAUGUAAUACAUAAAGAGGUAAAAGUGAAAAAAUCAGUGAUAUGACAUACGAGAAACGGUGCUAUGUAGUCGUCUUGAAUUUGUUUGUUCUUUUUCGUUUUUUCGAUCGUUAGUCUUAUUGUUCUUCGUCUAUACGAGGUGAAGUUGAAUAUACGACGACCGAGGUACUGCAUAAUAUUUGUACGCGUACGACUAUUUCAGUUGAAUUUUACGGAUACUGUAAAGUUACUCCAUUAAGUUUUAAGUCUAUUAAGGUUACAAGUUAUCUUACAGAAUUAUAAAUUUGUUUGAAUAUACGCUUCAAUAGCGCGACUCAGCUUUAAUCGCGGGUCCGCCAUCAUAGACAACUACUACUACUAUUAUCACCAUUAUUAUUAAAAUUAUUAUUAUUAUAUUACACACCUUGCACGUACUGUGCAACGAGGUAAAUUUACAGUAUGUCGGAUAAAAGGAACAACAAAAAAAGAUGAAGGCAAAAAUUUUUCUACGAAAUAUGUUUUAUAUUCUAUUUGAAAAUAUGAAUCGAUCGAAUUAAUUAUACCGUGAAAAAAAAAUAUAUAUGUAUAGAUAUACGAAUAUAUAUAUAUCGACCAGUGAAAUUCGCGAACAUAAUGUUUGUGAAAUAUAACACACGGUGGUGAAAAUAUAAUCGCGACAAUUGCAAUUGAAUUUUACUGAAAAUAUGUAAAAUGUAUUAUGUGUACGACACCGAACUUGUAAUAAUUGAAAUUUUUUGAACAGUUCGACGUUGUAUUUUAAUUUUUUUUCUCAUUUUUUUCUCCUUUCUUCGAAUAGAUUUAUCAUCUAAUUGUUAAAAUACACGCGAUUAAUAGAAUCACAUUCUAAUUAUCACGUAAUUAGUAUUCGAACAUAUUUUAAGGUACAAUUUAGUACAAAGUAAGAAACAAUAAAUAUGAGAUACGAAGUACGAAGUAUGCGUGACGAAAGUAAAUGAGAAUAAAAAUGUUAAAAACGAAAAAAAAAAAAAGAGAUGCAUAAUGAAAAAAGUACUUAUAUAUUAUAUACAUACAUACAUAUAUAUGUGUAUAUAUAUGUAUAUAGUCGUUGUAAUUUUCUAUUUGUAAAUAUAUAUGUAUGUAAAAUAACUCUAUACAUGAAUAUAAAUUUUGAAUAUACACCCACAUAUAUUAUCAUCAAAUCGUACAUACCUACUUAAUUAGGGGAUGCGCUUAAUUGAAUUUACGUGUUAGCGGAGAAACAACUCAAAAGUAAUUGAAAUAUUUUCAUUAAUCUGUCCAUAAAACGGUUUAACAAAUAUUAGAAACAUAUACAUAUAUAUAUAACAAAAAUAGUUAGCAUAUAGUAUUUUUCCAUUAAAAAAAAACAAUUAAAUAAAAUAAAAAACAAUGUACAAGUACGUAUACUUGUAUGAUGAUGAAACUAGUGAUUAUUCAGUGCGUAUAACAUUACAGAUGUCGAGACAGAUGUAUGUACAUAAAUAUAGUACGAAAUAUUCAGGUAUUUCGAUAUAAGAACAAUAAAAAAACGCUUGUAGAUUUGAAAAAUGUUACGCGGAUAGUUUGAAAAUGACGGUACCUUUCGGUGAACAAUUUUCGCAUAGCGAGCGAUUCUAAAUUGAAUUAAAAAAAAUGUGAAACUCGAAAGUCCAUUUUUCAAGUUGAAGAAUGAGCAUGAAAAAAUCAGGAAUCGAUAUAUCUUUCAAAUUGCUUACGGAUUAUUCGAAUAGCUUGACACCCUACGAAUAUUAAACGUGAUUAAUGAAAAAUUUUCUCGUAAAAUUCUCUCCGAAAGUUACCAAAGUUCUCGUUGUAGGAUAAAAAGAAAUAAAAUAAAAAUCGAACUAUUAGAAUUUACAUGGAAUUGAGGCGACGAUUUAUAAAAAAAAAAAGAGAAGAACCCUGUAGAGUAUAAAUGUUUUUCGAAAUAAUAUUUAGGAAUAUUGACGAAUUGAAAAAAGUAUACCAGUACUACUCCUAGUCUAUAGUUCAAUCGUAAGGAUAAUUUUCAAGACAUGCCCAAUGAAAAUGAUAGAGAAAAAUUAUAGUUAUUUCGGAAGAGAAGAAAAGAGAAUACUUUCAUUUUUAUUAACAUGUCCGAAUAACGUUUUUUCAAAUUUUUUUUUUCAAUUUUUCAACUGGAAGUACGAAGUUUUCUCUCUCUUUUUUUUUACUGUACAUAAAUAACUUGUAAAUUUCCGUCUAUAUUGAUAGAAAAUAUAUCCGCGAAAAUUCAGUCGUUACGUUAGACGAUAGAUAAAUGGAAGAUGAAAGGAGAGAAAAAAGAAGAGAAUUUUUUAGUCAAGACGAUAAUACGCGGAGUGUAUUUUAAAAGUUUACAUGAUCAUAUUUUUAGGAAAGAGAAUGAGAAAAAAAUAAGAACGAAGAUGAAAUAAAAAGAAGAAUUUGCAAAAUUAUCGUAUUCGAAAAAUAUUUGCAAACUCACCCAUAUAGAGUUAAUAUACUUGUACAGAUAUAACAUUAUAUAUCCUAUAAUAAUGGCGAAGAACAAGUAGAAAAAAUAUAAAUGUUAGGAACGUGACUGUUUGAACCCAAAAGUCUGAAAGAAAGGUUAUUUGGUUUAUAUUUUCCUAUGCGAUUUAUAAGAAGAAUAAAAUUUAAAAGAGGAAAAAUAAUCGAAAGAAUAAAAAAAGAGAUAUCUAGUACGCGACGUGAAAAUUCGACACUUUCGAUGUAUCGUAUAAUAUUUGAUAUUUAUACCUAUUUAAUUGAACGUAUUGUAAAUAAUACGAAGACUUCUAAAUUCCACGACGAUGUGUAAUAUAAUAUUUGUAAUUGUGAUGAGAUAUAAUUAAUGUGCAUAUAACAUAAUGAUUUAUAUAUCAUAUGAUCGAUAUCCGAAUGACGAUUAGUCCACGGAUAAAACGAAGAAAAAAAAAAAAGAAAACCACCAUCCACACGAACAUAUGUAUGAUUAUACGCGUAUGCUCUAUACAUACCUCAAUUCUAUGUAAAUAUGAUUGUAAAGGGGUAUAAAAUAAUAAUAAAGUAAAGUCAAGAUUUUCAUUAUUAAAUAAUCGAAAGAAUUUCUAUCACAAUAUUUCACAUAUUAUAAUAUGCUUCUAUGUAGGUGAAACGAGUCGGCAUAUUGUAUAAUAAAUAAUUAACUGUAUUAUCAUUGUCCUAACUCUUAAUGAUAGGUAAUGAAAUUCGAUUAAUCACUACCGAUUAGUUUAACCGAUUAACAUCCCAAUACACCUAUAAAUUAUAUUUUACCAGUCGCGGCGAACUAACGCAAAACUUCGUAUAUGUACAUAUAUGUAUAUGUAUAUAUAUAUGUAUAUGUAUACUGUUAUUAUUUCUGUUAACAGAAUAUAAUAUUUACCCAAUAAUAAAAUUUUUGAAACAAAAA